AUGUCUGCCACUCCUCCUCCCCUCUCCAGCAGCAGCAACCGCAACCUCGAAUGCAGCAGCAGCAGUAACAGCAGCAGCAGCAGCACAUGCGUCUGUGGAGUUUGCUGCUGGGCCAAAGGGCCCCCAGGCUGCGGGCCCUUCCUGCAGAUGCGCCUGAGCUCCUGCAGCGCAGCAGCAGCAGCCCGCCGACUGCACCUCAUGCUGCCAGCUCUGUGGCGGCAGCAGCAACAAUUGGCGAAGGACCCACAGCAGCAGCAGCACCAGCAGCAGCAGCAGCAGCAACAGGAACAGCAGCAUCAAGAGCAGCAGUUCCAACAGGAAGAGCAGAAGCUGGAAGUGGAAGAGUUUAGAGCCACUGUUCUGGCAGUCUGCGAGCGCCUGGCUGCAGCAAGCGAGAGGGUUCGCAAUACGUCCGCCUACAACGAGGCUUUCGCGCUGCUGCGGGCCGUAGCCCCUCCCACGAUUUCAGCAGCAGCAGCAGCGCAGCAGCAGCAGCAUGAGCAAGAGGAGCAGCAGCAGCAGCAGCAGCAGGAACAGGCAGGUGUUUUAAGCAAUCGGCUGCCUUCGCCGCAGAGCAGCAGCAGCAGCUGCGGUGAAGCGGCAGCGCCUCUGCAGGAACUCAGCAGCAGCAGCGACGGCAGCAGCAGCGACAGCAGCAGCAGCGACAGCAACAACAGCAGCAACAGCAGCAGUGGCAAUAGAUGCAAAGGAGACUGGUGGUUCGGCGUUUCGUUUUUAAGAGAAGUGCCACACGAGCAUUGGAUUCGCACUAAACAAGAGCAGCAGCAGCAGCAGCAGCUGCUGCUGCAGCUGCAACGAUCGCAGCAGCAGCUGCAGCCUCACCAGCGAUUUUCUGCUGCAACAACUUGCCAAAGAGUCAUUUCGGUGCUGCGGGGGGCCUCAGCAGCCAUGGACCUAGGGGAUUAUCAGGGCGCUGUGCGGCUGCUUGAAGACUUACGGCAAUACCCGCUGCCCUUCCGGCAGCUGCCACAUAGCCUGUAUAUGCACUGCGUCGCUUUUCUGCUCGCUGGCCCCGAAGCAACAGCAGCGCCGCUGCAGGCUGGAGAGGCAGCAGCAAACGCAGCAGCAGCAGCAGCAGCAGCGCCGCUUCCCUCAGUAUCAGAAGGGGUGCUUCUGGAGGAGUUGCGGAAUCUUGGGAGGUCACCUGCUGCUGCAGCCGCUGCAGCGUCCUCUGCUGCUGCUACUGCUCCGGCUGCUGCAGCUGCUGUUGCUCCUGCAGCACGAAAGAAGGGGAAGCCAGCGGCACUUGGUGACCCUGAAGCAGCUGCACUAAGGGGAGCGCUGGCGCUGCGCACUCUGAACUUUGCUGAGGCUGCUUGGUGCUGCGUCGGGGCUCUGCAUGCGUUGGCAGCAGCAGAUCUGAGGCAGCAGCAGCAGCAGCAGCCCUCAGCGCACUUGCAAGCCUUUCGGGCCAGCAACAUCAGCAGCAGCAACAGCAGCGGCAGCAGCAACAGCAGCAGCGACGGCAGCAGCAGACGACGAGUCUUUUCCUCCACAGACUUGGCUAUUUAUGGAUCCAUCGCUCUGCUUGCUUCCACUGAGAAUGCCCUGCAGGCAGAAGGGCUGCAGCUGCUGCCUUCUCUGCGAACUUUGGGGCUGCAUGCGCCGGCGUCGCUGCACCAGCUGCUGCUGGCUGUGGAGAAGUGCGACUUUGCGCAGCAGUCCGAAGGCAUUCAGCGCGCGGCAGUAGGCGGCGCUGCUGCUGCUGCUGCAUUUGGGAAUGUCUUUGCUUCUGCUGCUGCCUCUAUGUUUUGUAUCUUUGCUGCUGCUGCCUCUCCUCCCCCGCCUCUGUUUGGCUCUGCGGGGCUUUUAUCUCUUCCUGCCUGCCUGUACCGUGCCUGCUGCUUAGCACGGCAGCUUCUUGCAGCAGCAGCAGCUGCUGCUGCUGCAGCUGCUGGAGCCGAUAUCUCCACAGAACUCGAGGAAUGCUGA